AUGCCUACAGCCUGCUUCGACGUGAUCGGCACCUGCUUCGAAUUCACCCCAGUAAUCAACACCAUCGCCCAACGCCUCGGCCCAACCUUCAAAUUACACAGCAUCGAUCCCUCCCUCUUCUUCUUCUCCUGGUUCUACGCCGCCCAACGUGACUUUACCUAUGUCUCACAAGCCGGCCACUACGUCCCCAUCGCCGAAGUCCUCAAAGGAACAUUAGCCCGCGCUUUGCGGAUUGCUGGGUUGAGGAAGGAUGAGUUUACAACGGAGGAUAUUGAGGCAAUCGCCAAGCAGUUUAAGAGUUUGGAGGCGAGGGAGGGUUUGAAGGAGUGUUGGGAGUAUUUGCAGGGGAGGGGUGUGGAGUGCUACGCUGUCACCAACGGCGGACAUGCGACUACGAAAUCAUACUUUGAGGCGGCGGGGAUUGAAUUGGCGGAUGAGCGAAUCUUGUCAUGCGAUGAGAUUAAGGUUGCGAAGGCUGAUGUGAGGGUUUAUCAAAAUGCGGAGAAGAAGAUGAAGGAGCAGGGGACAUUGAAGGCGGAUGAGGAGCGGUGGUUUGUGGCUGCGCAUAUGUGGGAUUUGUGUGCGGCGAAGGCGGCGGGGUGGAAGACUGGGUAUGUUGAUUAUGAGGAGUUUGAGGGGUGUGAAGGAGUGUUUGGAGAAGCGGAUGUCAAGGCGAGCAGUCUGAUGGAAUUGGCGAGGAAGAUCAUUAGCUGA